AUGAGUUUACUCGUCAUUUCUAAGAUUUUUACAUUCUUUUCAAUAUUAUCAACUGUCGUGUCACACAAAGAUGUAUGUUUUCUAUUAAGUUUUUGCAGCUUUGUCACAAAAUUUUGAUCUUUGCUACAGCCUUGCAUUUUUAGACAUUAACGUGCCAAGACUUGUAUAAAACUCGGAACAUUUCAAGGUAUGUUGUGCUUAACUGCCUAUAUUUUAACUGUCUUAGAAUAUAAUAGUGUUAUUUUUUAUAAAUAAAUGAAUACUCAUGCACUAAAUUGCUAAUAAAAUAAAAAAAACUUAUUUUAAGCGCAAUAUACGAGAUAAAGACACGAUCUGGGCCGAAGUGGGCGUACUGUGACUCUGAUCAGCGUGGCGGUGGCUGGACGAUUAUUCAGCAACGAAAUGGCAUGACCGGAGAGCCUUUUUGGAACAGGACCUGGGAUGAGUUCAAACAUGGCUUUGGAGCUGUCCAUCCGUUAGGAGAAUACUGGCUGGGAAACGAUAUUCUACAUGACAUUACAACUAGAGGACAGAAGCCCGCGCUGCUCAGAAUAGAAAUAUUUGGAGACCGAACUCCUGGCAGUGACUGGAAUGACGUUUACCUGGUUGCAGAAUAUGACAUAAAAGUAAGUUGAUUCUUUAGCAAUUUUUAAAAGCUACUUUAAUUAGAAGGAGGUUAGUGUUAAGCAUGACUUUAGGUUGACAACGAAACCAUGAACUACCAAUUGGACAUAACUGCCAAGCGCCCUAAAAAGGAGUCAAAUAUUACGGUACGUUUAAUACUGUAAUGAAAGUUUAACUUAAACAUUUAGGUUGAUCAUGAAUAUUUUGUGGGAAAUGCCAGUUUUGGAUGGUAUGACAUAACGACGAGUAAGAAAGCUCCGUUCUCCACAAUUGAUCGGAUUAAUGACCCAUUACCUAAAUGUAUUACCAAGUUCCAUUUUGGGUAAGCUUUAAUCUUACCAUUAUCUAUAUGAGAAUUCAUUGCAGCAAGACUACUAUCUUAGACAUUAUAUUGUACUCGUCUGAUUAUUUUUAGGGGCUGGUGGAGUCAAAACUGUGCCACCGUAUCGUUGAACGGGGAAUAUGAGCCAGAACAGUUUGGUGGUGGAUAUGGCAUGAGUUGGCUUUACAGUGGCAAACGUUUCAUACAUCCAAGAAUGACACGGAUGAUGAUUCGACAACUGUGGGACGACUUUGACAUCAAUAACGACAUUUAA